AUGAAUGAAACUACAGACAAACUUAACUCUUCUCUUAUUCUUCCUUUCAGCAAAGAUUAUGAGUUCUGUUCAAAUGGUGUGUAUUUCUAUUGUGGAAAGAUGGGUUCAGGUAAGACAUUUAACCUCAUUCGUCAUAUACUCAUAACAGAACGUUUAGGAAAUGACUCAUAUUAUGACCAAAUCAUUAUAUCAGCAACUUCAGACUCUAUGGACUCAACAGCGAAAACAUUUAUGUCAAAAGUUCAAGCCUCUGUCGUUAAAGUUCCAGACAGUGAACUCAUUGAAUUUCUUCAACGUUACAUUCGACGUAAGAGGAAAUAUUAUGCCAUCGUUGAAUUUAUACAGUCAGGAUGCAAAAGACUUCUGAGGAGAUGGAAAGAAUUAUUGACAAACACCACUUACGUCAAUACUCAGGAGUUUACGAUAUGA